AUGAAGGCACAGUACGGAGAGCAGAACAAACUCCUAACAGGAGGAGACUCACACAUGGCCUAUGAGACAGAGGAUCAUGAGAUUCAAUACUGCUUUCCUGCCAUCAACUCAUCAUGUAUCAAGGGAAAACACUCCAGACAUGAAUACAAUAUCAUGUAUAUGUUUUUUUCAUUGCUGUCAGCAUGGACUGUGUUUCUGAACCUGCUGGUGAUCAUCUCCAUCUCUCACUUCAAGAAGCUUCACACUCCAACCAACCUGAUCAUUCUCUCUCUGGCUGUGGCCGACAUGCUUGUUGGAUUUGUGAUGCAGAUAGAUGCCACGAGGCUGAUUGAGAUGUGUUGGUACUUUGGGGACACUUUCUGUGGACUGUUUUUGGCAAUAAUAGGGCUGCUCAUUUCAGCAUCUCUUUAUAAUUUAAUUUUAAUUGCUGUUGAUCGUUAUGUGGCUGUGUGUCACCCUUUACUGUACCAACAAAAAAUAACUACAACUAAAACUUUGAUUAUCAUAUGCAUCUGCUGGAUGUGGUCUUCAGCAUACAAUAUUUCCUUCAUAACAGAUAACAGAUAUUUUGAUCCAUCAAGCAGAACAUAUGGGUGUUAUGGAGAGUGUCCCUUUAUGAUUAACUCUGCCUGGAGUAUGACUGAUCUGUUUGUGUCUUUCCUUUUUCCUUGUACCGUGAUUAUAAUUUUAUAUCUGAAGAUAUUUUAUGUUGUACAUCACCAAGUGAAAGUUAUAAACUCCCUGAUGAAGAGUGGUAAAUGUGUAACGGAGGGUUCAGCGAGGAGGAAAUCUGAGAGUAAAGCUGCUUUGACAUUAGGAAUCAUUGUGAGUGUUUAUCUGCUUUGCUAUAUUCCAUACUAUAUCUUGUCUCUAACAGUGAAUACAGUAAUUUCUUUCAAAAUAGUAAGAUUUCUAUUAUGGAUUGUGUAUAUUAACUCAGGCCUGAAUCCUCUGGUCUAUGCUUUAUUUUACCGUUGGUUUAAAGUGUCAGUUAAACACAUCUUAACUCUUAAAAUAUUUCAGACAGCAUCCUCUCUCAUUGACAUUUUUACAGAUUAUAAUCAGAGCUUAUAA